AUGAUUGCAUUCGCUCAUGUCAUUACGGCCAUUGUCUGGCUUCUGGCUGACAGCGUGCAUGGCCAUUGUGUCAUCACGUACCCGGGGUGGAGGGGCAAUAACCUCAUCACUAACGUAUCAUUCCCCUACGGCAUGCAACGCUCAUAUCCCUGUGGUGGCCUGGACGUAACACAGAACCGUACGGCAUGGCCCAUCACCGGAGGAGCCGUUGCCUUGCAGCCAGGCUGGUUUGCAGGUCAUGCGACGGCACUCAUGUACCUGAAUAUUUGGCUUGGCCUAGACCCAGACAAUUAUGCCACGCUGUGGCCGAUGUUUGAGAUCCUUGGACCUUCUGAUAACCCAUACCCUGGCACAAUCUGCCUUCCACAGAUAUCGCUUCCGAACGGCCUGACGCCGAGCAGUGGGGACUUUGCUACGAUUCAGGUUGUACAGACCUUGAAGUCCGGAGCUUCACUCUUCAGUUGUGCGGAUAUCGUAUUCACGGACGAUCUGUCCCAGGUUCCCUCUGUUAACGAGACAAACUGUUUCAACUCCACAAGUAUCAAGGUCGAGAGUGUUCAAAUCUGCUGGUGGAUCAUCGACUACAGAAAGUGGGACAAGUGGGAGAGCGAGUCUAUUCCCGCCGUCUACGACGACGACGACAACAACAACUAG